AUGGCUACCCGACCUGAGAACAUUGGCAUCAAGGCCAUCGAGAUUUACUUCCCCAGUCAGUAUGUCGAACAAUCCGAGCUGGAGACCUUCGAUGGCGUCAGCGCUGGCAAGUAUACCAUCGGUCUUGGCCAAACCAAGAUGGCAUUUUGCGACGACCGCGAGGACAUUUACUCCUUCGCCCUGACCGUCACCUCCAAUCUCAUCAAGAAAUACAACAUCGACACCAACUCGAUUGGCCGUCUUGAGGUCGGCACUGAGACUAUCUUGGACAAGUCCAAGUCGGUCAAGUCUGUGUUGAUGCAGCUUUUCGGCGACAACACCAACAUUGAGGGCGUCGACACGGUCAACGCUUGCUACGGAGGCACCAACGCCUUCUUCAACGCUGUCAACUGGAUCGAGUCUUCUGCCUGGGACGGCCGCGAUGCCAUUGUCGUUGCCGGUGACAUUGCCCUCUACGCCAAGGGCAACGCCCGCCCAACUGGAGGUGCUGGCGCUGUCGCCAUGCUCGUUGGCCCCAACGCUCCCGUCGUUGUUGAGCCUGGUCUGCGUGGCUCCUACAUGUCCCACGUCUACGACUUUUACAAGCCCGACCUCACAAGCGAGUACCCCUACGUUGACGGCCACUACUCUCUGACUUGCUACACCAAGGCUCUCGAUGCUGCCUACCGUGAAUACAACAAGCGUGAGGCCAAGCUCUCCAAGGCUGUCAACGGCAAUGCCAACGGCAACGGCACCAACGGCGAGGCCAAACUCCCAAAGACCAGCUUGGACCGCUUCGACUACCUGGCCUUCCAUGCCCCCAACUGCAAGCUCGUCGCCAAGUCCUACGCCCGCCUUCUGUACCACGACUACCUCGCCGAUGCCGACAGCCCCGCCUUCGCCGAGGUCGCACCCGAGCUUCGCGACAUGGACUACGAGAAGUCCCUGACCGACAAGGUCGUCGAGAAGACCUUCAUGGGUCUCACCAAGAAGAAGUACCAGGAGAGGGUCGCUCCCGGUGCCCAGGUUGCCACUCUGAUUGGCAACAUGUACUGCGGUAGCGUCUGGGGAGGCGUUGCUAGCUUGCUAUCCUACGUAGAUGCCGCCACUCUCAGCGGCAAGCGUGUUGGCGUGUUCAGCUACGGUUCCGGUCUGGCUGCCAGCUUCCUGUCUCUGCGUAUCAACGGAGACGUCUCCCCCAUUGCCAAGGCCCUCGACAUUCCCGCCAGACUCGAGGCUCGCCGCAAGCUUGCCCCUGAGGCUUACGAGGCUAUGUGCGACUUGCGCCACCAGGCUCACCUCCAGAAGGACUACAAGCCCAAGGGCGACCCCUCCACCAUCGUGUCCGGCACCUACUAUCUCGAGAAUGUCAACGACAAGUUUCAGCGCACAUACAGCGUCAAGGCAUAG